UUGAAUUUUUAGAGUGUGUACAUGCUGUUGGAGUAUUUUUUAACUACUACAAGUGUCUUAUUCUGCGGACGAAUCGGGUCAACGGAGAUGGCUUCGGCAGGGAUUGCUCAGUCGAUAAUUUCUAUAUUAUGCUUUAUGCCUGGAUAUGGCAUGGUGACCGUGUGUAAUACUUACUUUUCUGUGGCGUUUGGAUCGAAAGAUGACCGAAAACAGUGUAUAAUUCUCCAAAAGGCUUUAUUACUAUCAUGGAUUGUUUCGAUGCUGUGCUGGGCGAUACUUAUAAACACAGAAAGCAUUCUCCGUCUGCUUCAGCAAAAGGAAGAAAUUUCUAUAUUGGCCGGUGAAUUUGUUCGUGUUUACCUACCAGCAGUUCCUGCGAUGUUCGCUUCGUUUGUGUUGAGCCGUUACUUGCAGUGCCGUAAUCACGUGAUGGUAACAAUGCUUGCUUUGCUGUUUACGGCGAUCGUAAACAUCAUACUGAACUACGUAUUCGUCAUAUCAAUGAAUGGCGGCACGAGCUGGUCAGCUGGCUCUUUAGUUAUCUCUCAGUACGUGUACCUCAUCAUUAUCAUAGCGUACACAAGCAAGUAUGUGGAAUGGACAGGUAGGAUGUGAUGUAUACUACUGGUUCACUGUUUUAUUACUAUCAAAUAAUUUAUAUUACAGUAUUA